AUGUCAGUGGAACAAAUAGAGAGAAAACCACGCUACGAAGAAAGCAUUGAAUGCGCCACUGUUGAAUUGGACAAUUUCUCCAAAGAUAAAUUGAGCAUGAAGCUGAUAUCAAAGGAAAAUUCUAAGGAACACGAAUCCCCUAGUGCUAGCUCAAGUAUUUUUGAGAAGGCUAACUCAUUAUUGUUCGAAGAUGAUGCUAUUUCUCAUAGUACUUCGAAGCAUUCUCUUAUACUGUCAAAACCAAACGAUACAGACAACCAUAAUAUUUUAGAUUUUGUGACAAACGAACAGUAUACUGAUAUUGGAUCUAUAAAUGAUGCUAAUAUAGCUGUGUUUAAAACUCCCUCGAAGAAGCUAAAUUUAAAGUUUAUUGCCAGAUCUCCAGGUUUGCUUCAAUCAGCUUCCUCAGCACAUAAUUAUGUAUCUCCAAAGAUGGCUCCUCCUUCCAUGAUAGUUCCUAAUGACACACAAAGUGCUAAAAAUUUCGAAAAAAUUGAUUCAGUAGCAAAUAAGGAUGCCCGUAUAGAACAUGAAAGCAUGUACCUAGCAAAUGGUAACUUUGAGGUUGAUAGCCAAUAUAUAUAUAAGAAUGAAAUGGCUAUGUUGGUUCAGGAGCACAAGCUAACCAUCAGGAAACAUGAAAAAGAAAUAAGCUAUCUAAAGGAUUUAUUACAGCAAGAGAGGGAUAGAAAUAAAUUACUUACUCUUUGCCAGCAGAAGAAAUCCAAACUGAAGAUUGAAUCUUCACACAUAAAAAAGAUGAGACGCAAAUUCAUCCCAAUCGAUAUAUCAGUUGGAUGUGAAACAGACAAAUCGAAUAAUGAACUAAAUAAGCCGCGGGAUUGUCCCAUGAUGAUCCAAGAUGCAUCUGCAUCUCCAUUUUUAGCUAUCACGGGCUAUAAAACACCUACUAAAGCUCUGAGUAAGAAUUUUAUAAGAGAUAGAGGUUUGCCAAUAGCCCCUACAAUAAAUCAUUCUACUCCAGAAGGAAUAUUCUGUACCGGCUUAGAUAAUGACGCUUGGAAAGCUAAAAAGAAGCAACAAAGAAAGGAUGCAUAUCAUGCUUUGACUCAUCAAACUUUGAAAGAAAAUGAGACGAGCAACGGAAACAUAGAUUUCGCUUGCCUAAACAAAGUUUUUGGAUCUAGCAGAACAGCCAUGAAAACACACAAUUCUGUAACUCCUUUUGACUCUAUUUUAACAACUCUGGAUUGUUCAAAUUCUUUCCUGAUGAUACAUGCCUAA